GCGAAAUAGUACACGGUUAUCCAAUACAAGUUGAAUCUUCAAAUGCACCUGAUGGAUUCUUGACCGUGAUCGUAAAAGAAAGCGAGAUGAAAAACUACCUCAAUCCAUACCGCACUGGUUCUGUGAUUAGUGCGGUAGAUGCACCGUGUACAAAAUAUCAACCAGUUACACCAGUUUCUACGUGUUCGUAUAAUGGUGACGUUACGCCUCCCGACGUCUACUGUUUGGCGGUCACUAAUCCACAAUUGUGA